ACUUUUAAUGUUGUAUUUGACAGCACUCGUUGAAUUACGUAAUAUCAUUCGAUAAUUGGUUUUGUAAGAUAAAAAUAAUCGAUGUCAGAAUAAUUGAGGUGAUAUCACUCCUAUACCAAACAAGAAUCUGAUUAACGUCAAAGCACGUCUGGUACGUCCUGACAGGAUGGACUUCGAAAGUCCUGAUGUCGAGAAGGAAUUUCCUGGAUUGUACGCGUCCGAAUCGGCGAAGAAAAGCAAUGAGAGUGAUUUCAGUGAUGAAGGUGGACAUGAUAAGCAUUCCAAGAAAGAACUUUUGGGAGGCAAACGUAAGGACAAGAAGGAUAGAAAGGACAGAGGCUAUGCGACCUUAGAGGGUGAAAGUUCACCGGAUGAAGAUCAAGAAACCAAAAGUCCUUCAAAGUCAAAGAAAACCAAAGCUUUCAAGUUUCCUUCUAAGAAAGAAAAACGGGAAAAAUCACGAGAAAAGGAAGCCAAAGAUAAAGAUACUGAGAAAGAUAAAGAUAAAAAGAAAAAGGACAAAGAUGAAAAAGAUAUGGAUAAGGAAAAGCGGAAAGAUAAGGAUAAAGAAAAGUCCAAGCAGAAGUUGAAAGAUCGUAAGAAAGGGAAACAUGCUAGUAGUGAGGGUUUGGAUAUUGGUGAAGAGCAACCAGUUUUCGGCGUUAGUCUUCAUUUAGCGGUCGAGAGAAGUUGUUGUCACGAUGGAAUAGAGCUACCUUUGGUGGUGCGGGAUUGUAUCGACUACGUGGAAGAGCACGGGAUGAAUGUGGAGGGCCUGUAUAAAGUUCCCGGCGUGAAGUCGAAGGUCCAGCAUCUGAAGAAGCUAUAUAACUACCGGGAGACAGUGAACAUAUCUGAAUUCGAACCCACGGUAGCUACGAGCUUAUUGAUACUCUUUCUUAGAGAGCUGCCAGAGCCUGUGCUGGAGAAUAGCGAAACGAUAUCGCGCUUCGAACAGGCCGCAUCGACCAAGGACGUCGCGCAACGAGAGUCGCAAUUGGCGCAGCUCACGCAGCAGCUACCGGAAUGCAACAGGGUCCUUCUGGCGUGGGUCACGUUGCAUUUGGAUCAUGUCACAGCGCGAGAGAAGACGACAAAGAUGAACGCGCAGACAAUCUCGAUGACACUAAGUCCAGUGCUGCAAAUGAGUCAUAGGUUGCUGUUGGCUUUCUUAUUCCAUUGCAAAGCUCUGUUUCCGAAUGUGCAAUUAACAAAAUACGUCCCGCCGCUGUCGUCCGGUAGCACCAAUCUGCCAGACACCGUGGAGGGUAUAACCGCGGAGUUGUCCAAGCAAGAAUCUUUACUUUCCCAGAUUCACAUGCAAAUGAAUGCUGGCUUUGUAACGAAGUCGCGUGAAGAGCAAUUGUGGGAGGUUCAACGGAUGAUAACGCAGUUGAAGAGAAAAUACAAAACGGUUCAAAAAUUGGAAGGUGCUACAAUGCAAAAGAGCUUGGACGAGGAGGUGAAGUCGACCGAGAAUAUUCCUCUCGAGUCUAUCUUGCAAAAGCCAAAGAAUGCGGAUGAGGAUUCCGCACAGACGAAACACGAUGCUCAAAUAUCGUCCAACUUGACAUUGUUGAAGAAAGAUAGUAAACAGCAUGCUGUAGAAGAGGCGAAGGAGAAGUCAACCUACGCGACAGGAACGAGUACGACAAGCACGACGCAGAAUGAACAGGGCAUGAACGUGCAGGAAAAAGACACAGUUGAUUCUGUGGAAACGGCAGUAGUUACUCCGCAGUCGAGAGAACCUGAGGAUGUGACAUCUAACGAUAAGGCGAAUGAACCCGAAGAGGAAGAUGUUAUCGAUAAGUUGAGAGAAAGCUUGAUCCAUGAGGAGCUGUUGAAUAUGCAGGCGUUACUGAAGUCUCGAAUCAGUCAGGAGAGGAACGAGAUCAAACGACUGAUGGAAAUGCUCACAGAGCGUGGCUCGGAAAAGAAGAAGCCCAGGGAAAGGAUACAUUCUCCUAACGAGGCUGAAAUGACGGCAAUGAUUCAGCUAGUCAAAGAGAAUCAGUUGCUCGAAAAGAAGAUGACGACACUGAUACGCAGUAUUAUCGAGGAGAAAGACGCUUGUGUGGAACUGCGUGUUCAAUUGGCGGUACAUCAGUUGAUGGCUAAGACUUGAUCACAAACUUGCUAGUGACUCAUCAGAUCAGAAUUAAUCUGUAUACAUUACGAAGAUACGAUCUGACAUUACGUUUUUGCACAUAAUGACCGUAUAGUUUAUAACAUGUUACAACUACCGCAUGUACCAUGCAUGAUUAAAAAUCGUUCUAUUCUGUGAAGUAAUAAAGCUAUACAUGCGUGAGAGA